UGGUACUAUUCCAUUUUGAGUAGCGUUCUUAUUUUUGGGUGGGUUAGUUUAAGUUUAGAAUUGGUUGGGAGAACAACAUAAUUUUGAAAUUCAAUUCGAAAAAAAAAAUGCUGCAGUCACGUGCCAUUGACACACCACGAGCCUACAUGGCAUCGAAACAAUAUGCCACCGAAGGUUCAGAUAUACCGCUGAAGAAAAACUGGUCCGAAACCUGGUGUACCCUGACCAUUGGUUUCGAUGAAGUCCUACCCCAAAUACUCAAUAUGGAAGUGCGCGAUGAUGAUGUCUUUAUUGUGACCUUCAUUAAAUGUGGCACCACCUGGAUGCAGGAAACCGCCUGGUUGCUCAUGAAUAAUUUGGAUUUUGAAAAGUCCAAAAAAUUACACAUUUGGGAGAGGAGUCCAUUUGUAGAUCACAGAGGUCUACAACCCGAUCUACCAGAUAUUGUGGAGCUAUGUAAAAACUUACCGAGUCCAAGAGUUUUGAAAACGCAUCUGCCAGCCAAUUUAUUGCCAUUCGAUAUCUGGAAGAAGAAGACGAAGAUAAUCUAUGUGGCCCGCAAUUGCAAGGAUGUGGUUGUCUCCUCAUAUCACUUCUUGAAAAAUCUUGGCUCCUGGAGUGGUGAUAAUUUGGACGAUUUUGCCGAGGAUUUUAUGAACAAUGAAACAAUGUAUACCUGUUUUUGGACCCACAUUGUGGACUUUUGGAAGAUGCGCAAUGAGCCGAAUAUUUUCUUUACCACCUACGAAGAGAUGAAAGGGGAUUUGGGUAAGGUUAUUGAAAAGUUGUGUAAAUUCCUCGAACGACCACAACUGACCAAGGAGGAAAUGGAGAAUAUUUUGAAUCAUUUGUCAUUUGAAAAUAUGAAAGGGAAUAAUCAAACAAAUCUGACCGACACAAUAAAGGGCCAGGUGCCAAGCGCCAAGGAGGAGUUCCAAUUUAUGCGCCGUGGCAUUGUGGGCUCCUUCAAGGAUGAGUUGUCUCCCGCGCUGCAAAAGAAAAUCGAUGAUUGGUCGAGAGAGUACUUGGCCAAGCAUGGUUUGACUGAAGAAGAUAUUUUUGGGAAAUUGUAAAACGAAAUGAUCCUCCUGAAAGUUGGGAUGAAAUUGGAAGCUUCGAUACCGUUAUAAGG